AUGCCUCUCCCAAUCAUCUCUCAUACGAUCGCCAAUGGCUUCUCAUCCAUCCCAUACGGAUAUCCCAUUGUCACGACAGCUUCAGGCAUCGCCGCUAUCUCAUCGCUCAAGCGGUACUUUGGCGGCGCGGAUGCACUCGAAAGUAGUUAUGAUUACGGUAAAUAUGGCCAUAUUGCUCUACCGCUACCCACCAAGAAUGCAACGUAUUCGCUGAUAUUCUAUUCCUCUCAGGGCGGUACUUCUGGCGUUGGAGCGUCGAUAGUAUAUGAACUUGCCUCCCGCGGUGCCCAGAUAAUCAUCCUUACCCAGCAUCACCCUACCGAUCUUUUCCUUGUGGACUACAUCGAUGAUCUCCGAAACAGCACCAAUAACCCACUCAUAUAUGCCGAGCAAGUCGACCUAUCGUCCCUCCACUCUAUCCGACUCUUCGCUACAAAAUGGAUAGACAACACGCCCCCACGACGACUAGACAUGGUCAUCCUUUGCGGGAACAUCAUGACCCCGUCACACUCUCCGGACUCGCGAGCGACAGCUGACGGCCUGAAUCGAGAGUGGCAGGUUAACUACCUCGCGAAUUUCCAUUUGCUGAGUAUACUAAGUCCCGCAUUGCGAGCUCAGCCGCCCGACCGGGAUGUUAGAGUAAUAUUUGCGACAUGCUCGAGCUAUAUCGGGGGAAACUUGAAUUUUGAAACGUUGGAAUCUACCACCAACCUGGGCGUAUCAACCACAGCAAAACCAACCGCCAAAAACGUAGCAAAAGCAAAGCAUACAUCUGGCAGUAUGUACGCUACGUCGAAACUCGCCCUCAUGAUCUUCGCCCGUUCUUUCCAAGCCCACCUCGCCAACUACGACAAUCUCAACCACACCAAGAAGAACCAGCCCAAGCGGCCCACAAACUCCCGCGUCCUCGUCGUCGACCCGGGCUUCUCCAGGACACCAGGUACCAGACGGUGGUUAACCCGUGGCUCACUGCUGGGACUGCUGCUGUACCUCAUCACAUGGCCCAUCUGGUGGUUGAUUCUGAAGUCACCGGAGCAAGGGGCGCAAAGUUUUCUUCUGGCGGCUAUGGAAGCGGGCUUCAGCGCCGUGGGUGAGACGGAGGCGGAGAAGAAGGAGCGAAGGGUGGGAAUUGCGGGUGGUACGUUGAUUAAAGAGUGUAGGCAGAGGGAGGUGUUGAGGAAGGAGAUCAUGGAUGAUAAAAUCGCGGAGAGGCUGUGGAAAUUCAGUCAGGAGCAGCUGGAAAGGACGGAGAAAGCGAGCGCUCUUAGGAGGGCGGUUGAAAAGGGAAGAAGGGAAGAGGGAGCAAAACAGGAAAAACCUGUAAAAAUAAAUAAAAAGGAGAGAUAG